AUGGCAUUUAAGCAUGAAGUGGCAAUUCUUGCAGGGGGAUGUUUCUGGUGUAUGCAGAAGCCUUUCGACCAUUUAAAAGGCGUUAUUUCAACCGUUGUAGGAUACACAGGGGGGCAAACACAGAACCCUAAUUAUGAUGACGUUUCUUCAGGAAAUUCUGGCCAUUAUGAAGCGAUAAAAGUGGUUUAUGAUCCAGGGCGGAUUUCUUUUAAAGAGAUAUUGAGUGUUUUUUGGCGCAAUAUAGAUCCCUUUGAUGCGACAGGUCAGUUUUGUGAUAAAGGGGAUCAGUAUAGGGCCGCUAUUUUUUACUUAAAUGAUUCCCAGAAAGACGUGGCACGCAUGUCCCGUAUUCAAACAGAAAAAACUUUAGGACAAAAAGUUGAGACAGAAAUUGUUCCCGCAAUAGAAUUUUUUGAAGCAGAGGCCUAUCAUCAAAAAUAUUAUGCAAAGAAUCCCAUUCGUUACAACUUUUAUCGCUUUAGUUGUGGAAGAGAUCGGCGAUUAGAAAAAAUUUGGGGCAAAGAAGCAGGCUGA